CAAACACAAAUGGCGAUGUUGGUAGCGAGUGUUCUUCAUCUCUCUCCAUUGGUGUUAGCCACCACGACUACGAAACCAUUUCUUCAAAACCAGAGCAAGCAUACCAAAGCCACAACGACCAAUAGCGUCUCAUCGUUGUCGUCGUCGUCUCCGAUUAAGUCGUUGAAGAAUUGCAAAACCAUUGAUGAACUUAGGUUGUUUCAUCGUUCGCUCACGAAGCGAGGCUUUGAUAAUGACAUCUCCGCUAUAACUAAGCUUGUAGCACGAAGCUGCGAAUUGGGUACUCGUGAAAGCUUGAGCUUUGCUAAAGAAGUGUUUAAUUACUCAGAGGAGGAGAAUGGUGAAUCGUAUGGAUCUUGUUUCAUGUACAAUUCUCUGAUUCGUGGAUACGCGUCUGCUGGGUUAUGCGACGAAGCUAUUUUGCUCUUUCUUCGAAUGAUGAACUCUGGGGUUUCUCCGGAUAAGUACACGUUUCCUUUUGGAUUGAGUGCGUGUGCGAAGAGCAGAGCGAAAGGUAAUGGGAUGCAGAUUCAUGGUUUGAUCGUUAAGAUGGAUUACGCUAAGGAUUUGUUUGUGGAGAACUCGCUGGUUCAUUUCUACGCAGAGUGUGGAGAGCUUGAUAGUGCACGCAAAGUGUUUGAUGAAAUGUCUGAGAGAAAUGUAGUUUCUUGGACGAGUAUGAUUUGUGGAUACGCGAGGCGGGAUUUAGCUAAAGACGCUGUUGAUUUGUUUUUCCGGAUGGUGAGAGACGAAGACGUGACUCCUAAUUCGGUUACGAUGGUGUGUGUGAUAUCGGCUUGUGCUAAGUUAGAGGAUCUUGAAANCAAAAACAUUGUUUCUUGGAACACGAUCAUAGGUGCUCUGGUGCAAGAAAGUAUGUUUGAGGAAGCGAUUGAAGUUUUCCGGUCUAUGCAAAGCCAAGAGGGUGUCAAUGCUGAUGGUGUGACAAUGAUGAGUAUUGCAUCUGCUUGUGGGCACUUGGGAGCUCUUGAUCUUGCGAAAUGGAUAUAUUACUACAUUGAGAAGAAGGGAAUUCAGGUUGAUGUCAGACUUGGUACAACCUUAGUAGAUAUGUUUUCCAGGUGCGGGGAUCCUGAAAGUGCAAUGUUGGUUUUUGAUAGUUUGGCAAACAGAGAUGUCUCGGCUUGGACAGCGGCUAUAGGAGCUAUGGCUAUGGCAGGAAAUGCUGAGCGAGCUAUAGGGCUUUUCGAUGAGAUGAUUGAACAAGGGUUGAAACCAGAUGGAGUUGUGUUUGUUGGAGCAUUGACAGCUUGCAGCCAUGGUGGAUUGGUCCAACAGGGAUUGUUAGAGGAAGCUCUGCAACUCAUAAAGGACAUGCCUAUGGAACCAAACGAUGUGAUUUGGAAUUCCCUUUUAGCUGCUUGCCGUGUUCAGGGGAACGUGGAGAUGGCAGCUUAUGCCGCUGAGAGGAUACAAGUGUUGGCUCCAGAGAGAACUGGAAGUUAUGUUCUUCUAUCAAAUGUCUAUGCAUCAGCUGGAAGAUGGAAUGAUAUGGCUAAAGUAAGGCUGAGUAUGAAGGAGAAAGGGUUACGCAAACCGCCAGGAACUAGUUUAAUACAGAUUCGAGGUAAAACCCAUGAGUUCACAUCAGGAGAUGAGUCACACCCUGAAAUGCCAAAAAUAGAAGCAAUGCUCGAGGAAAUCACCGCAAGAGCGAGUCACUCAGGCCAUGUACCUGAUCUUAGUAAUGCUCUAAUGGAUGUAGAUGAGAAAGAGAAGAUCUUUAUGCUUAGUAGACAUAGCGAGAAACUUGCAAUGGCCUUUGGGCUCAUUAGCUCAGACAAAGGCACAACAAUCAGAAUAGUCAAGAACCUAAGAGUAUGCUCUGAUUGUCAUUCAUUUGCCAAAUUUGCAUCCAAAGUGUACAAAAGAGAAAUCAUUCUAAGAGACAAUAACCGGUUCCAUUUCAUCCAUCAAGGAAAGUGUUCUUGCGGUGACUUCUGGUGAUUACAGAAACAGAAGUAAAAGAGGAAAGAGGAAGAUUCACAUUUCAUUGUCUACAAGUUAACAAAGUGGAAGAUUCACAUUUCAAUGCUUGAACAAGGUUUCCAGAAA